AUGGCUCACCAGCAAGGAUAUGACCAUCAUCAACAAGCUAUGGGUUCUCAGAAUGACAGAGGCGCCUUUCAAGGCGGAAGCUUCAAUAUCGCCCACCGCGAUACCAACGCCAUACUCAACAUCGACCUUCAACCGGGUACCACCGUGCGCUCCAAGUCAGGUGCCAUGAUUCACAUGUCAGGCACUGUUGAACUAUCCGGCAAAUCCAAGUUCUCGUUCGGCAAACUCUUCACUGGUGGAAACCUAUAUGAGUCGCUGUAUGCCGGACCAGGUCGUGUAGCGCUCGGUCCGACUCUCUUUGGAGACAUCAUCACGUUGCCAGUUGAUGGUCGCACGUCUUGGACUAUUGGUAGAGAUGCCUUCCUCGCUAGCACCUCCGAAGUGACCAAAAAGAGGGAAACCCAAGGUAUCGGAAAGGCAUUGUUCUCUGGCGAGGACCUCUUUGUCUUUCGUGUUGAGGGACAGGGUAUCAUGUGGCUGACUAGCUUUGGUGCCGUUGACCGACUGGACCUACAACCCGGUGAGGAGCACGUUGUGGAUAACGGCCAUCUCGUAGCCUGGAACUGCAACUACGCCAUUGAAAAAGCGGGCGGAGGAGCUAUGACCAGUUUAAAGACUGGUGAGGGUUUGGUGUGCCGCUUUACAGGUCCUGGUUCGGUUUAUGUUCAGACAAGGAACAUGGAUGAGUUCCAAACUUUUAUCAAGGCUACUGUUGGAGCGGCCUAA